AAUUUGUCUACGCAAUACAAGAUACUUUAAAGACAAGGAAAAACCAUGGGAGAAAGAGUGAACAAUUUCCCCCCUCUGCCCCGCUUCAUCCCCCUGAAGCCAUGUUUUUACCAGGAUUUCGACGAGGAAAUCCCACCCCUUCACCGAACCACAGUCAAGCGUCUUUACUACCUCUGGAUGUUGAAUAGCAUUACCUUGGCGGUCAAUCUGAUCGGUUGCCUCGCAUGGCUGAUCGGAGGCGGUGGAGCCGUUAACUUUGGACUGGCAAUCCUUUGGCUUAUUCUCUUUACACCCUGUUCCUACGUCUGCUGGUUUAGACCUAUUUACAAAGCUUUCAAGACGGACAGCUCCUUCAGCUUCAUGGCUUUCUUUUUCACCUUCAUGGCGCAGCUGGUGAUCAGCAUCAUUCAAGCCGUCGGCAUCCCCGGCUGGGGAGUUUGUGGCUGGAUUGCAGCGAUCUCUUUCUUCGGGACCAACGUGGGCUCGGCUGUUGUCAUGCUGAUUCCCACGGUUCUCUUCACAGCCAUGUCUGUGUUCUCCUUCAUUGCUCUCAGUAUGGUGCACAAAUUUUACCGAGGGAGCGGCGGCAGUUUCAGCAAAGCUCAGGAGGAGUGGACCACCGGCGCCUGGAAAAACCCUCAUGUCCAGCAGGCGGCACAAAACGUGGCCGUGGGGGCCGCUCACAACGCCACGAUGCAGCACGAAACCCAGUAUUCAGCCACCCCUAACUAUAACUACCCCAACGACAUGUGAGAAGCUGCAGGACCCCCCAUCCGAGAUGGAACCCCAGAAGAAGUUGGCUUUAGGCGGGCAAAGGAAGGAACGAAGAAGGCGUGCGUUGUGGGUGCGGGUAUCUUGUGUAGG